AUGGAGGCUGCUAAAGAAAGCCCGGUAGAGACCCAAAUCCAGGACCAAGGCACCUCAGUUGUGUCAAAGGGUAACACGGGUUCAAAUAAAGUUCUUGCCUCAUUAGACAGCAAGAGGAAACGAAAAAGGUACUUCCCAACUGAGUCUGUGAAGAUCCUCCGCGACUGGCUGUGUGAUCACCAGCUAAAGCCCUAUCCUUCAGAAGCCGAGAAGCUAAUGCUGUCGGAGCAGACCAAUUUGUCUUUCCUGCAGGUUUCCAGCUGGUUUGUCAAUGCCCGUAGACGCAUUCUUCCAGCAAUGCUUCAGCAGUAUGGAAACGACCCCCACCAGAUAACCUUGUACCACCAAAAAGGCAAGGCUGCUAAUGCGACUCACCUGCAGAGCACCCAUCUAUCUACGCAGGCCACCUCAGGGCCCAGAGAUCCAGACAAGAUGCAAUGCUCACCGGGGAGCCCCCACCCAAUGGGCCAGGAGUCAGAGGAAAAGCAGCAAGAUCCAGAGGUGUCGCCUGGCGAGAAGCUCCUCCUGAGCGCUGAGCCCGAGGAAAAGGUAGGUAUUUCCGCCACUAGGUCCUGGCUUACAUCUCCUGAACCUAUGUGGGCAGAAGAGUACAAGGAUUUAAGCAGCUUCCAGCUACUGGUAGAGGUAGCAGUACAAAAAGCUGUCCAAAUGGAGCUACAGAAGCAGCAAGAGGCCAAUCCAUGA